AUGGCCUUCCAGCCGAGCAUCCCUCUUGAUCACAUAGAAAACUUUGAAGAGAUUUGCAGCACUACAAGAUCCAAUGGAGUCUCAGCUGACUACUUGAAGUGCAAGCUCUUUUCAUUCUCUCUUGGCGACAAAGCUUCAAGAUGGUUGAAGUCUCUGCCAGCUCACUCCAUUACCACUUGGGAUGAGUACAAGGCCGCUUUCAUCAACCACUUCUACACCAAGCAAAGAUCAGUUUCUGUAAGGAACAAGAUCUCCAACUUUCGCCAAGCCAACAAUGAAUCUUUCUAUGAGGCGCUAGACCGAUUCAAGGAGUACAUUAGGGACUGCCCUAAUCAUGGUUUCAAUGAGGGAAACCUAUGGAACAUCUUCUAUCGUGGCAUAGACCACAAGUACAAGCUUUCAUUGGACACUGCAAGCAAUGGAAACUUCAUGACCAAGACUGUUGAUGAAGCUAAGGUUCUUAUUGAGAAUCUUGCAGCUAGUGAUUGUAACAACUGUCCUGAUUAUGACCGCUCAAGCCGCACCACUACUAGCUCCCCUGAUUCUUUUCAAAUGACUGAACUCAAGAACAUGAUGGCUCAAGUUCUUAAGGGACAGCUCAAGCAUAUCAAUGCAAUAGAAGGGAUGAGUGAUGCUAAUGAAGACCCAUCAAGAGAAUGCAUGGGAGAUUUCUCUAAUGAAGCCAAUGAAGAAGAUGUGAACUACAUUGGAAACUAUGGGAACAAGGGAUACAAUCCAAGCUAUCGCCCAAACCCCAACAUGUAA